AUGUAUAGCAGGAAAACUACAUCUAUAAACUCACGUUCUGAGUUCUCUAUAUCUAACCUGUCCACCACUACUAUAAACAAGAAUACUUACGCAGGUCAGGUUCUGGACGGCCUUUUUCAUGGCACCGGGACUUUUUACUACAGCGACUCUGAGCGCUACGAAGGGGAAUUUGUGCAGGGAAGAAGAGAGGGCCGCGGUAAAUUUUACUAUUCCGAUGGAUCCAUCUAUGAAGGUGAAUGGAUGAAUGACAGAAUACACGGACACGGCAUUGCAUACUUUGCCAGUGGAAACGUAUACGAAGGUACCUGGGAAAAUGGGAGAAUAAACGGCAAGGGAACGUUAACAUACGCAAACGGUGAUGUAUACGAAGGAGAAUGGUUGGAUGGUUUGAUGCAUGGUCACGGCACCUACAGAUACAUUGAAGGUGAUGUAUAUGUGGGCCAAUGGAGACAAGACAAACGCCACGGAAAGGGAACUGUAACAUAUUCCAGUGUAAAGGGUGCCCAGCCAGAGAGCUAUGAAGGCAAUUGGGUGGAUAAUUGCAUCAAUGGCAAGGGAGUAUACAAAUACGCUGAUGGAAGUUACUACGAUGGUGAUUGGUUCAAUGGAAAGAUGCACGGUAGUGGCAAAUAUGUCUUUGCCGAUGGAAGUACAUAUGAGGGAGAAUGGGUAGAAGAUAGGAAAGAAGGGUUUGGAGCAUUAACCUAUGCAAAUGGAGAAAAAUAUGAAGGAUACUGGCUCAACGAUAAAUCACACGGAACAGGAAUUUUUAUCUAUGCUGGAAAUGACAAGUACAAUGGAGAAUGGAAGGAAGGAAAGAAACAUGGCAUAGGUGAACUCAUUUAUGUUAAUGGAGAUAGAUUUAAUGGGAAUUGGUAUGAAGAUCAUGCGAAUGGCCACGGGGUAUAUGAGUAUUCGAAUGGAAACCGAUAUGAAGGUGACUGGACAAACGACAAGAGGGAUGGAAUGGGUCUGUUUUACUGCAAACAAGACGGAUCCACAUACAAUGGAAAUUUCUCGAAUGGAAUAAAGGAUGGAUAUGGUAUCCUUACAUUGGGAGCCGGCCAUGUCAUCCGCGGAGUAUGGAGCAAAGGAGCCCUAAACUCAAUUGAGAGUUUUGAAUUCUCACCAACAUCACCGUGGAGCAACCCAGACUUGUAA